GAAUCAAUGAAUACAGUGAACACAUAACUAAAUACAGUGUUUAAAUAAAAAUUAAUUUUUGAUUAGACUUUUCAUUAUAAUACAUAUGAUAUAAACACUGACUGUGAAUGUGAUAAUACAUACAAAUAAUAAACGAUUUAACAAACAAAAAAAAGUUAUCAACUAUUUUAGUAAUUAAUUAAAAAAUCACCAAAUUUUGUUGACCGCUGGUGGCCACUGACCAUCGCCCGAUUAUUUUGGACACACUGUGACCAGUGAAUCGCGUGUGUUUGGCGGACACACACACAUAAAGUAGUAACCGAUGGAUUCAAUGCCGAUUGUCAAACAGUUUGCUAGUUUGCAGCGGAUGCGCGCCGGCGGCGGCACCGGUGGCCGACAGGACCACUGGACACGCAUCAGAUUGGUGGCCACAUUCGGAUUUAACGGCAGCGAAGUUAUGUACGCCACUGCCGACGCAGGUGACAAAGUGUACGCUUACGGCCCGAACAGACACGGCUGUCUGGGUCUGGGAACUAACGACAAGGAUAUCAAACAACCGCAACUGAAUACCGUAUUGACCGGCAAACGACUGAUGAAGAUCUACUACGGCUUUAGCCACUGUAUCGGUCUUACUGAAAGUGGCCAGUGUUAUGCCUGGGGCUGUAACGAAUAUGGCCAGUUAGGCAUCGGAACGUUUACGUCGUCGCCGACUCCGCAGCUGAUCGCUGGACUACAGCACAGGACAGUAGUGGCCAUCGACUGUGGCAAUCGACACACACUGGCGCUGACCAGCGAUGGCCUAUUGUACGGCUGGGGACGCAACACGUUUGGUGCUAUUGGCGAUAAUACGUGGUGUUGGCGCGAACGGCCCACUCCGGUUGUUUUAACCGAACCUAUCGAGUCUAUUGGGUGCGGCAAAAAUCAUUCGCUGGCCAUUUCGUGUACCGGUCGCGCCUAUGUCUGGGGUCUACACGAUUUCGGUCAAUUGGGUCGACCGAUUGAGGAAAGCGAUCAUCAUAUUUGCAAAGACGGCGGCCGUAAGGAACGGGCUUUCGAUCCGCUUCCCAAACAGAUUUCCGGUUUGGAAAACAUGACCUUCAAGAAGGGCUGCUGCGGACCAAAUCAUACUAUCCUAUUGACCCGAACCGGCGACAUCUAUACAUUUGGCCAAAACGAUUUCGGACAGAUCGGCAACGGCCAGACCGAGAACAUGUGUAAGCCAUAUAAGUUGAAAACUGCGGUCAAAUUCAAAGACAUUGUCGCCAUAUUCGAUAAAAGUCUAUCGUUGGCCGUAUCUGUUGACAAUCGGUACUGGGUUUGGGGCUAUUCGUUUCACAGACAACUGGUCACUACUCCGCAAGACGUUAGCCGAUGGACAUCUGGUUUUACUAUCUACGAUGUUUACGCUCGAUAUUCGGGAGUGGACAAGACAUUCCGAUCGGUGACCAUACGAAACGGAAAGAUUGUCGCCGACAGUAAUAAUAAUAAUAAUAAAGUAGUGGCAAAACAAGCAGCGAUUGCAAAGCCUAACGAAUUGGCCGCCAUUGAUGACCAAUUGUUGGCCAACGCUGAACGCCUGAUUAAAUGUAAACUAUCGGUGAAUCCAUUUCACGAUAUCGGUGUUGCACAAGAAGAAGAAGAAGAUGAGGAGGAGGAGGAGGAAGAGGAGGAUAAUAACGAAUUUACGUCUAGCGAUGGCUACAAAGCGGUUGAUGUCCAUAAAGACAACGACGACAUGACAGCGGCCAAAGUGUUUCACAAUUGUCUGUCCGAAGCUUUCGACAAUCAUCUAAACUUUGACAUCGAAUUUGUCUUCAAUCAUCACUCAAUCUAUUGUCAUAAAACUAUACUACAGAUCCGUAAUCGACACUUCUGGGAGUCGAUCAAAGACUCGUUGGUCUACAAUAACGAAGUCUUUGUCGAAAACAAUUUCAGCUACGAAUCGAUGUACGCGUUCAUCAAAUAUCUUUAUUCGCUAACACCCGACAUUACAGUGGCCAACGCUGGCCAACUAUUGUUGUUGGCCGCCACGCACAACGAACCCGAACUGUUGGACAUGUGCGGCGAGUUUCUACAAUCGUCGAUCACAAUGGACAGCAUAUGCAGUGUCUAUCAGAUUGCUGUUGGCCACCGAUUGCCGGCAUUGGAGUCUCAUUGCGCCCGAUUUGCGGCCAACCACUGGAAAGAUAUCUGCAAAACUCAGUCAUUUGAGUCAAUGGACGACCAGCUAAUGAAACAGUUGUUCAAAACGAUAUUUACAUAACAUUUUUUUUAUAUAUAUAUUAAUAUUAUAUA